GUAAAUAUAAAUUAAAAAAAAAUAGAACGUUUUCCUAAAGGGGCGUUCACACCUUCGCGUUUUGAAGGCGGCAGAGAGGAAGCGGUUUGGACCACGGCGGUAGGGGUAUGGAUUGAGUAUGGUAUGGAGCAGUUGCCGCCCACUAGAAUGAGCACAGAUUCCGCUCUGCCGCCCGCCCAGAGUUCACCCUGCUGAACUGCUGACGGUAACCGCCGGGCGGCAGGAAAAGCUUUUAAAAACGCUUAGAUUUUUGGGGGAAACGCUCUUGCAAGUAGGAGGUUGUCAGAGCGGUUGCCGCGCGGCAGUGAAACGAUCCUGGGCAGGCAAAAAAAAGAAAAGAAAAAGAAGCGCGCUCCCAAGAGAUGCGCGCAACCGAUGUCAGCUCAGGUCUCAGAGGAGAGGAGGGCGCCAAAUAGGAAGAACGGCAGAUGCGUAAUAAAAUACAUCCAUUCGGGUAUGCCUCUAAUCACAACAAACCGCAUCACAACUCAUUCUCAUCUUUACUUUCACCUAUGAGUGACCCGUCGAGACGGAGCAUCGCGUUGCCUGGACAAAGACAAAGGCUAAAAACAUGGAGGCAGACAGUGUGAGCAUAUGGCCACGUAUGGAACCCUUCUUACUGGGUGCCCUGCAGGUGGCUCCCUCCUCCAAACUCAGCCUGCACUAUCUUCGUAAGAUGGCGAUCUACGUGCGAACACGGGAUGGAUGCUUCCCCAUUUUGGGCUGGCCCAUGUGGAAGCAUAUUGCCUGUGGAAAGCUACAGCUUCCAGAAGACCUCGCAUGGCUCUACUUUGAGACCUUUGACCUUCUUAUAGGCCACACACCAGAGGAGAGGCUGGAGUGGGCAGAGUGUCUUUCCCAGUGCUCUUCUAAAAGCGAGCUGGAUCAACAAAGGAACAAGUUGUCUGUGGACACAGUGCAGUUCCUCCUCUUCCUCUACAUCCAGCAGCUGAACCGCAUGUCUCUGCGCACCUCUCUCAUCGGUGAAGAGUGGCCCAGUCAGCGCACUCGCUCCCCCUCUCCGUCAGACCGAGAGGCCAAGACCAGCUCCCAGAACAAGAACUGGGACGAUCAGGCCCACCUGUCAUUCGUGCAAAGCCAUCUAGCUGAGAUUCUGGAGCUGCUGGUGGAGCCGGGCCAACUGUCACAGUCUGGACAGGCCCUCAGAGAUUGCCAGAUAUCUCUGGAGGCUGUGCGGAGCUUGGGCCUGCUCUUGGAGGGCUCAGCCUGCCACGGCCGAGCCGUUCAGCCCAUCCACAGGCUGCUGACCAAAGGUCUACUUCAGACGCAGUCCGGCUACUCCACACUCAGCCGCUCCUUCGCCCUGCACAAGCUGCUCUCGUGUCUCCAGCACAGCCUCACACUCAACCCCUUCGGGAUGACUGCCUGCCUGCGAUCAGGCAAGAAGCUAGCCUGGGCUCAACAAGUGGAGGGGACCAUGAAGAGAGCCAAAAUAGCCCGAAACACCCACAUGGCUCCACCGGGCAGUAAGAUGGUGCUGAUGUCGCAGGUCUUCAAACAGACCCUGGCUAAAACCUCCGACAAGCUGACCGGUGCCAACAUCAAAAUCCACAGAUGCUCCGACUCCUUCAUAUACCUCCUCUCCCCUCUCAGAUCCGUCAGCAUGGACAAAUGCCGGGACUGCACGGUGGUUCUGGGUCCCGUCGAGACCAGCGUCCACAUCCACAGCUGCCAGAACCUGCGGGUUGUGUGCGUGGCCGGCAGGAUCGCCGUCGGAGUCUCCUCCCAUUGCACUAUCCACGCCUUGACGCCCACCUACCCCUUGCUCCUACCCGGAAACACAGACAUUACCCUGGCGCCUUACCACACCUUCUACCCCUCCCUGGAGGAUCACAUGGCCAGCGUGGGGCUGGCUGUGGUCCCCAAUGUCUGGGAUCGACCCUUGCUCCUGGGGGCCGAGGGCCUCGCCAACCCCUCGCCCAACACGUCCUCCAACCCGGACCCUGCCUGCUACCGGCUGCUGCCCCCGGCUGAGUUUCACACACUGGUUGUGCCUUUCCAGAUGGAGGGCGACACGUGCGAGGUGCCGGGAGGAUUGCCUCCUCCGUAUCAGGCAGCGAUGGACGAAAAGCAGAAGAGGAUACAGAACUGGCAGAAGACUGUGAUGGAGGCCCGGCUGAACAAGGAGCAGAAGCGGCAGUUCCAGGAGUUGGUGGAGGUCAAGUUCCAUGAAUGGCUUCUGGCAACAGGGCACAGGCAGGAACUCGACAGCCUUAUCCCACCCGCGAUGGCCUCUUUAAAGGACUCCAACGGGCCGGCAACGGACACGCCCCGAGUUAAUGAUACCAGACAUAUUAGGACUGGACAGGCGGUGGGACGGUCACCUAUGGCUUGUUGAAUUGUCGGGUUAGUCUUGUUCGGAGCUUAAUGUAGCUUGAGUGUCUUACUGACACUGACAGUUGGAGCUCCUGUAAGUUCAAAAACAGAUGAGUGUGUUUAGUGCCAGUAUUAUUGUACAGUGUGCUUGUGGUUAUUUACACCUCACUCUGGUAAGUCUGGAGCCGUUUGAUUCAGCUCUUUCUUUGCAACGCUGAAAGCUGGUAUGGGCUGCUUUACAAGUCCUUCUUAACAAAAAGGCAGCUAUGUCCAAGCCAAGUAGGGAGUGGAUUGGCAUGUUGU